UAGGCAGCACGCGUCGCCUGUUGCGGGCAGCCCUGCGUGUGUUUUGGGUUUUGUUGUUGGCGUACGGAGAGCCGGGGGCGGGGGUUGAUCGUGCUCCAGCCUUUUUGCCGCAGGCGCCUUUCUGGCACUGCAUAAUAGGAGCCAAGUCGGGACGCGAUCCAGAAACUAAGAAGCAAAAAGAAACACGGGCGAACUGCUCGAAAACGAAACGAUAUCCACGACCAAGUACAACUUGUGCGGCUGGGGGCCCUCGAUCGAAGAUGGUUGUCGCUCUUUCGAUGUCGCGUUACGCCGACGUGCAGCAGCAAAUCCAGAUGCGCGUCCGACUUCCUUGAAAGCAGCCGCUUGCGGGCGUCGCUUGUGAAAGGCUCGAAGUGAGCGACCGCAGCAGUGAUCGGGCUUGCGCGAUCCGGCAAUGCGUCCGGCUUACGACGACUUGGGUCGUGCACAAGACCGUCCAUCAUGCAAGCCCCCGAGCAUGUUCCGAUGCUAGGCUUUGCCUCCGGUUCUGCUGCAGAAGAGGAUGACAAGCAUUCGGGAGCGAGUGACCACCAUGAAUCGGGUGAACAUCGCACAAUAUACAUCAACGCGCCACAGAAGCAGAAGUUCUGCUCCAACUCGAUCACGACUGCAAAAUACAACGUCCUCUCCUUUCUCCCCAAGUUCCUAUUCGAACAGUUCCGGCGAUACGCCAACGUGUUCUUCCUUUUCAUUGCACUAUUACAGCAAAUCCCCAAUGUGUCACCGACAGGUCGCUACACAACGGCCGUUCCCCUCGUCUUUAUUCUCGUUGUUUCUGCACUCAAGGAAAUUGUGGAGGACUUUAAAAGGCACCUAGCAGAUGAUGCCGUCAACAAUAGCAUAGUCUUAGCCCUGCGGGACGGGGAAUGGAAGGGGAUCAGGUGGACCCAGGUCAUGGUGGGCGACUUUCUCAAGAUCACCAGUGGCCAGUUUUUCCCAGCUGACCUGGUCUUGUUGUCUUCAAGUGAACCGCAGGGAAUGUGCUACAUCGAAACUGCAAACCUCGACGGUGAAACAAACCUCAAGAUAAGGCAGGGUCUGCCCCAGACGGCGGGGAUGCUGACCACCAAGAGCCUCCUUGAAAUGCAGGGUCAUGUGGAAUGUGACUUGCCAAAUCGACACUUGUACGAGUUCACGGGCAACAUCCACAUCACUACUCCCAAGCCUUCAAAAACAAGCCCCCUGUGUCCCGACCAGAUUCUUCUUCGCGGUGCCAUGUUGAAGAAUACAACGUGGGCAUUUGGUCUUGUCAUCUACACGGGCCACGAAUCAAAGCUCAUGAUGAACUCCACUGCUGCCCCGUUGAAGCGGUCUACUGUUGAUAAAGUCACCAACACCCAGAUCAUCAUGUUGUUCCUGCUGCUCAUAGUCUUGGCACUGAUCAGCUCGGUAGCCAGCGAGAUUUGGACUGCAAAGCACGCCACCACCGACUGGUAUCUAGGCUUAGAUGACCUGAGCAGCAACAGCAACUUUUGCUACAACUUCCUCACCUUUAUCAUCCUGUACAACAACCUGAUCCCCAUCAGCCUGCAGGUGACCUUGGAAAUGGUGCGAUUCAUACAGGCCAGUUUCAUCAACAUGGAUUCAGAGAUGUAUUACGAAGAUACGGACACACCCGCUAUGGCCAGGACUUCCAACCUGAACGAGGAACUCGGCCAGAUCAAGUACAUCUUCUCCGACAAGACUGGCACCCUGACCUGCAACAUCAUGGAAUUCAAGCGCUGCAGCAUUGCUGGCCGGAUGUACGGCACUUUAGAAGAAGGACUUGACCCUAAGGAGAUUCAUGAUAUUCUUCGCAAGAACACGGCUGCCACGCCCUAUGUGCGGGAGUUCUUCACGCUGAUGGCUGUUUGCCAUACAGUGGUGCCUGAGAUUGACACCGAAACAAAUUACAUCAAGUACCAAGCCGCAUCACCCGAUGAAGGAGCCCUUGUAAAAGGGGCACGAGAGGUUGGUUUCGUCUUCACAACCAGGACACCAACACAUGUGACAGUGAACAUUUUUGGUUCAAAUGAGCAGUAUGAGAUCUUGAACGUCAUAGAGUUUACGAGUACCCGAAAACGAAUGUCUGUGUUGGUCAGGACGCCUCAGGGCAAGAUUAAGCUAUUCUGCAAAGGAGCGGACACUGUCAUAUAUGAAAGGCUUGGAGCCGAAAGCCAGAGCUUCAAAGAUAUCAACCUCAAGCACCUCGAAGAAUUCGCUUCGCAAGGUUUGCGAACUCUGUGUCUUGCGGAAGCAGACAUUUCUCCAGAGUACUAUGAGGAGUGGAAGAACACGUACCAUAAAGCGACCACAUCCCUGCAAAUGAGAGAACGCAAGAUCGAUGAUGCCGCGCAGCUCAUUGAGACGAAUCUCUCUCUCCUGGGCUCUACUGCCAUUGAAGACAGGUUACAAGAUGGUGUUCCAGAAACAGUGGCUGAUUUGCUGAAGGCUGACAUUAAAAUUUGGGUGUUGACUGGCGACAAGCAGGAAACUGCCAUCAACAUAGGAUACUCAACAAGGCUGAUCUCUCAGUCAAUGCCACUUCUAGUCAUUAACGAAGAUAGUUUGGAUGGCACACGAGAAGCCAUUCGCAAGCAUGCUCAUGACUUUGGUGACCUCCUGAGGAAAGAAAAUGAGAUUGCCCUUAUAAUUGAUGGAAAGACGCUGAAAUACGCGCUGUCUUCCGAUGUUCGGCGAGACUUUGUUGACAUUGCACUUUCCUGCAAAGUCUGCAUCUGCUGCCGGGUGUCUCCAAUGCAGAAAGCUGAAGUAGUGGACGUGGUUAAAAGUUCCACUCAUUGUGUGACAUUGGCCAUCGGCGAUGGUGCCAAUGAUGUCGCCAUGAUCCAGUCUGCACACGUAGGUAUUGGCAUCAGCGGCAUGGAAGGCUUGCAAGCUGCCUGUGCCUCUGACUAUUCGAUCGCGCAGUUUCGAUUUCUGCGCCGUCUGCUGUUCGUUCACGGCGCCUGGAACCACAACCGAAUGUGUCGUCUGAUUCUCUACUCUUUUCACAAGAACAUCUGUCUUUACGUCAUUGAGUUGUGGUUCGCGGCAGUGAGCGGUUGGUCUGGACAGACAUUGUUUGAGAGGUGGUCAAUCGGCAUGUACAACGUGAUGUUCACCGCCGCUCCUCCCCUUGCCAUCGGUCUCUUUGAUCGCACCUGCAGCGCAGAAGUGAUGAUGAAGUAUCCUGCCCUAUACAAGUCAUCUCAGAAUGCUGAAGGCUUCAAUGCCAAGGUUUUCUGGGUAUGGAUCAUCGAUGCAAUCUACCACUCAAUAGUUCUCUUCUGGCUGACCAUGCUGGGAAUGAAGCAGGACGUUGCCUGGGCAAAUGGAAGAGAUGGCGGAUACCUCAUGUUUGGAAACAUGGUGUACACUUAUGUCGUGGUGACCGUGUGCCUCAAGGCUGGCCUGGAGAUGAACUCGUGGACUUGGCCCGUGCACAUAGCCAUUUGGGGAAGCAUUGCAAUGUGGAUACUGUUCCUACUCAUCUACUGCAACAUGUGGCCGCUGCUACCCAUUGGUCCGGACAUGGCUGGCAUGCACGUCAUGAUCUUCUCGUCCGGGAUCUUCUGGAUGGGCCUCGUGAUAAUUCCCUUCAUGGCACUGCUGGCAGAUGUCAUUGUCAUUGUGAUUAGGCGAUCAUGUUUCAAGUCUUUAACCGAAGCUGUGAGAGAAAGUGAGAUUACCCAUGCUGACCCCGGUCCCGUGAUCCUCCAGGGAACCAAGCAGAAGUUGACAGAGACUGCACGACUGCUGAAGAAUGUCUUCAUGAAGCCUGUCACCACAGCACACGUACCAAUAGAAGUGGAGCUAAAACAUGGCUACGCCUUCUCUCAAGAAGAACAUGGAGUAGUGCCUCAGGCUGACCUUAUUCGUGUGUACGACUCCACCAAGACUAAGCCAAAAGGCGUCUGAAUAAACGACACUCAAGCCGCGAGCACACAUUCCACUCUCAGCAAGCAAGAGCUUUGGAAGAGUCUGCAAUGUCAGCUGCAAAUGUGUAUGUACAUACCAAGUGUGACUGCUUCGGAGUCUCUGUAUGUCUGUGCAUGGAUGUAUUCAUGCGACCCUACUCCUUGUGUUACAUAUGCGGUGCAAGAGAGCCGGCAAACAGGCUGUGCCACGUUUCAGUGUAAUCAUAUUUCCCAGCCAGUGAAGGUUCACCUGGCACAAUGUCUGUCUCUUUGCGUGUGCAUUCUGUUUACUUAUGCAAAGAGAUUGUUUCUCAUGCGAUGUUGUACGAUUUCUUUGGUGCUUGCAUUCAUCAGCAAGUUAGGCACAGGCCGAAUUACUAUUUUAUGCUACAUGACAACUUGAAUCUCACUCUUUUUGUCUGUUUUGCCUAUUAUGCCAAAACUGAACUAAAUUUCUCUUUUCUCGUACAAACAUAUUUAGAAACCAAAGAUGAACAAUGUAGAGUACACCACUUAUUUACUUCUCAGGAUUUUUUCUUUGUUCAUGUACAGCUUCAAAGUUUUGUUAUAUUACUAGUAGUACUAUGUAUUUCCCUUGCCUUAGAACUUGAGUAUCCUUGUGUGCAAGUGCAGUUAAGAGCACAGCUGUAAAGAAUAUGUGCACGCCUGCUGAGAAUGGUUACAUUGCUAAAUUAAAAGCAGCGAGUACUUUUUAAGUAGUUAUGCAAACAAAAGUUGACCACAUUUUCUAAAAAUUGCGCAUUGAAAAUCUUGCCCUGGAGUCAUACUCGGGACCUUCUCAUUCCCAUCUCCAUGAGAAGGGCUCGCCAGCUGCUGAACUGAAUGGAAGGAGCAUGAAAGGACAUGAGAAGUCGGCACCCAUGCGGUGUUUUUCGUUAUUUGUGCUCGGCCACUAGUCACUCUAGUUACUACAGUUCUCAUUUACCAAUUGAAGCAACAGAGGCACUAAAGCAGACCUCAUUGUGACAAGAGGUAUAAGUCCAAGGCCGCUGUUAACACUAUUGUCCGACUUUACUGCUUUUCUCAAAAACUCCCUAAAUGGUCAUCUUGCAGUAAGGCUACCACAUGCAAUGUUUCACGACAGCAUGCUGCUCACAGUCUGAUUUCAAAAGCAGUGGUAUUACUCAGACACCUUUACCUUUCUGCUGCAUAAGCUUAUCAAAGCUCACGCUCAUUGGAGGCAAUCUCUAUGGUGAUUGUCAUCAGAAUACAGCCCCUUGCCUUUUGCAUUCAGAUUGUCAAUAUCGGGGUGCACUGAUCUCAACUUGAAUGUCAUCAGUGUUAGAAAAAACAGUUUCUACAUCUUUUAUAGGUUGGUAAUCAUAAAUAAAGAAAAAUUGGCUUCUUUAUAUUACUACGAGUGAAAUCUGGAGACGAGUGAUACGAUUGUUUUGUUAGAUAAUGCCGCUAUGCUAGUCGCACAUGGUAGAUUGUUAUGAGGAAGCAUCUACAGUUUCAGUAUUGUGUUUCUUUGGGUUUCUGCUUACUUCUGUCAUGACUAAGUCACUUAUUUUCAGGGCUGCAAACAGAGGGGACAAUAUUUGUCCCCUGUUUUAUAAGAUAUUACACCAUGUGUUGAUUCUAUUUGAGUUGUCAUUGAAACAGCAAAAUUGCUCAGCUUAACUUUGUUGCAUGCUGUUGUGCAUUGCACAUUUCUACUUAUACCAAAGAUUUUCUUAUUGAAUUCAGUUUCCUUUCGAGCAUUUUUUGAGAAUUUUUAUUCACUGAGGCUGUAGAAGAUCGUCUGGUAACAGCUGUUUUCGAGUCAUGUUGCAUGGUUAAAAAAAAAAAGAAGUAUUUCUCAUGGUGCUUCAUUGUCGUCUUUCAUGCCUGACCAGCUAAUGUUGAAUUCUGAGAUGUGCACUCUAGUCAUGGCAGUCAGUUUAUUAUGUAAUGUGCAUGAUUAUUGGAAUGCUAGAGCCAAUCAAAUAGACUGCUGAGAAGUAAUUACUAUAUUGCUUGGAUGCUAUGAAUGUUGACUGCAACACUUUUCGUAAUGUAAGCAUGAUGUAAGUCAAUACUUAGGUGUGCAUCUACUUGUGUUCAGAGCAGAUUAUGGAAUGGAUAUAUCAUUGCCCACUGCCACCAUCUAUUCAUCUGUUGCUGAAUAUCGCGUAAACGCCUGCAUGGCUUACUUUAUGGUCACUGCUAACUGGCAUGCUUUCAUUCAUCUAUUCAAGGCUGUGUUCAUAAAAUUGGGUGACAUUGAAGACAUGCCAUGUGUAGUUGUCAACCAACAUGUAUAAAACAAAGAAGUCCUGUAAGUUUAUCUUUUUUUUUUCCUUUUUGAAGAGCUGAAUCCUUUAAAAUUUCAUUUCAGAAUGACUUGUGGCACCUAAAGAAUUUAUUAAAGGAUUAUUCUGCCACUAAAUGAAUGCACAGAUUUUAAAAAUUGUUUUCCUGACUUGUUUACUGGACGAAGUGUUCUCAUCUUGCAGUCUGUUCACACAAGUUGACUUGUUUACAACACACGAGCUUCGAGGAUGCCAUAAUCACUCCUUCCCAUCUGUGGUCCUUUGGGCCAACUGAACCAGCGUAAACCAGAACUCCUCUGUACUUGACCAAAUGCCACUGUUGUCCUUAAUUUUGCUUGUGGUGUGACCAGGAAACCAGUGCAUGGUCCAAGGAAGCUGCGCAUUUGUGCUCAGCUUGUCUUAGCUACUUGCAAGAAUUGAUGGAAAUGGUUUAAAACAGCAUGUUUUGGACACCAUUGCACCACAUGCGACUGCAGAACAGUGAUGUCCAUCUCAAAACAAAGAUUAGUUGUAUCUGAGUGGUCUUUAAUGUAAAGAACAUAUGCCAUUUGCUGUUGGAGCUUUAUAUAUAGUAUUCUAUUGUGCAAGUGGGUCUCCAUUGGGAAAUGCUUCCCCCCCCAUACUCAGUACUGUAUGAGAGCAGUGAUGUGCACUAGAAGGCAUGUGAUGGGCAAGGGAUUAAAAGGAUUUGCAAUGUUCAUGGCAUAUAUGCUUGUAUUUAUUGAUGUCAAAAGCAUUAAAGUAUGUUCCAAAGCAGGUA